AUGGAUAUGAAUCCUUCCAUUUUGAAAUAUGAUGACCAACAUAUAUCAUUCACUAUUGAUUCUAACAACUUGGUUUUAGGUUUCUCUGUUAUUUAUGCAGUCACCAACUACAUAGAUAGAAGAAGACUUUGGAGUUGUCUUGGUCCUCUUAUUAAUGAUACUCCUUGGUGUUUCAUUGGUGACUUCAAUGCCAUCAUAGAAUAUGGCGAAUACAAAUGUGCUAGCUGCCCUGCCACUACUCAUAUGAAAGAGUUCCUCAGCUGGUCUGAUUCCAAUCAUCUGGUUCAUGUUCCAACCAUGGGAAACCAAUAUACUUGGAACAAUGGCCGGAAGGUUAAAAAGCUUACUGAAAAGAGGUUGGAUAAAGCCAUCUGCAAUUUCAAAUGGAUAGACUGCUACAUCAAAACAUCUUGUCACACAUUAACAAAAGCCAAUUCAGAUCACUAUCAUAUCCUUCUCAACUUUAAUUUUAAUGAUAUAAAAUACAUUUCUCAAAUUAAAUUUAAGAACAUGUGGACUAAUCAUUCUGAUUGCAGGGAAAUUGUGGAAAAAACUUGGAACACUAGAAUCUAUGGUUGCCCUAUGUAUAUUCUAGACAAAAAAUUGAGAAUCUUAAAAUCCAAACUCAAAGAUUGGAACAAGAAUCAUUUUGGUAAAGUGCAGGAAAAGGUCAAAGAGGCUGAGAUAAACUUAAUGAAUAUUCAGCAGGCUAUUGUUAAUAAGGAAUAUGACGACACCCUAAGGAAUCAUGAGAAGAAUCCUCAAGAGGAAUAUAACAAAGCCUUGGAUUUUGAGGAGCAAUUCUGGAAAGAGAAUGCCAGAAUUAAUUGGUGUACUGAUGGAGAUAGAAACACUAAAUUUUUCCAUAGAUAUGCUGCUAUUAAAAGAUCCCCUAAUACUAUCAAUGCUAUAACCAUAAAUGAUGUUGUUCAUACUAAUAUGGAUACUAUUGAAAAGCAUUUUCUUGAUCAUUUUCAUCAGCUUUUUAAUAAGAAUGUUGUUCUGCAAGAUAAUGGACUGGUGGAGGAAACCAUCCCUAAUCUUAUCAAUGAGGACACUAACAAAACUCUAACCUCGAUUCCAACUGAAAUGGAGAUCGAGGAAGCUGUUAUGAGUCUCAAUGAAGAUGGAGCCCCUGGGACAGAUGGAUCUGGAGCUGUUUUCUUCCAAACCUACUGGGAUAUUGUUGGCAUCGACGUCAUAAAUGUUGUUUCUCUAUUCUUCAAAGAGGACUGGAUUCUCCCUCACUACAACUCUAACACCAUUGUUCUUGUCCCUAAGGUCAAAGGGCUAACAAGGUGGAGCAAUUCAAACCUAUAG